AUGUUUCAUGUGGCUGUGCACAAGGCCGGCCCUGUCUCUGGUUAUGGUCUCACCGGUUCUAUAAGCCCAAGUAUUGGUAAUCUCUCUUUUCUCACAUCUCUUCAACUUCAAAAUAACCAACUUCGAGGGCCAAUUCCAAAAGAGAUCACAAAUCUUUUCCGUAUAAGGGUUCUUAAUUUAAGCUCCAACAGCUUAGAAGGAUCCUUACCUUCCAACCUAAGCAAGUUAUUCCAACUCCGAGUCCUUAAUCUAACCUCAAACAUGAUCACGGGUCUUGUUCCCAACCAUCUUGGUGAUCUCAAGAACCUCGAUGUCUUAAAGUUGGGGAAAAACCUACUCUAUGGACCAAUUCCACCAUCUCUUUCAAACAUUUCAUCUCUCACUGUUUUAAACCUAGGUACAAACUCUCUUAGCGGUCCAAUUCCUUACGAAUUGGGUCGUCUUCAAAGGCUAAAAGUUCUUGAUCUCACCAUAAACAAUCUCACUGGAACAAUUCCUCCUUCAAUUUACAACAUCACUUCUCUAGUCUCUUUGGUUCUUGCUUCAAACAACUUUUGGGGUCAAUUUCCUAGCAACAUAGGACAAACACUUCCAAAUCUCUUGGUUUUCAACGUGUGUUUUAACAAGUUCACUGGAGAGAUCCCUGCUUCUCUACAUAACCUCACAGACAUUAAGGUGAUCCGUGCUGCGCAUAACCUUCUAGAAGGGGCCAUACCAUCAGGGUUAGGCAAUCUCCCAUUUCUUGAAAUGUACAACAUUGGGUUCAACAAGUUGGCUUGGGGUAGAGAUCAAGAUCUUGAUCGUUUCAUCAAGUCAUUGAGUAAUAGCUCCCAGCUUAGCUUCCUUGCAUUUGAUGGAAAUCUCUUGGAGGGUGUUAUUCCGGUAUCAAUUGGCAAUCUUUCAAAGCAUCUUUCGAAGCUUUACAUGGGUGGAAACCGCUUCACAGGUCAAAUCCCUGAAUCCAUUGGCUAUCUCACAGGCUUGUCUCUUCUUAACAUGAGUGACAACUCAAUCCAUGGUGAAAUCCCUCAAGAGAUUGGGAAUUUGAAAGGGUUGCAAGUGCUAGAAAUCUCGCGAAAUCAACUCGUUGGAAGAAUCCCACAUUCUCUUGGUGAUCUUGGAGCCUUGAAUGAGAUCAAUCUUUCCCAGAACAAUCUUGAAGGUAUGAUCCCGCCAUCAUUUGGAAACUUCAAGAGUGUGCUAUCCAUGGACUUAUCCAGCAAUAGGCUUAAUGGAAGCAUACCAAAUGGAGUUCUCCAACCUAGCUUGAGUUCUGUCUUGAAUCUAUCUACGAACCUAUUUUCUGGUCCUAUUCCCCAAGAUAUAAGUCGCCUCGAAAGCCUUGUGAGUCUAGAUCUUUCUGAUAACAUGCUAUCAGGCAACAUUCCUUUAUCUAUCAAAGGUUGUCAGAGCUUAGAAAACCUCGAGGUGGCUAGGAAUAAUCUUUUCGGACAAAUUCCGGAAACAUUAGCAGAGCUGAAAGGUCUAGAGUUUCUGGAUCUCUCUUCAAACCAAUUUUCCGGUUUCAUUUCUGGAGCUCUGAAGUUCUUGAAUCUUUCAUUCAACAAUCUUGAAGGACGGACUCCAAGUGAUGGGAUUUUCAAGGAUACUUCUAAAGCUCAUACGGAGGGAAAUCCAAAGCUAUGCAGCCACACCACUUGCCAAAAACCUCGGAUGCCCGGAAAGCUUUUGAAAGUGAGCAUCAUUACAUGCGCAGUAGGUGUAACUGCGGUAUGCGUGAUAACUUUCUUGAUUUUGAAAAGAAAAGCAAAGAAGUCUAUCACGUCUACAUCAUCAUCACCUUUACUCCUAAAGGAACCAUUCAUGAAUGUCUCUUAUGAUGAGCUCAGAAGAGCUACUGAGAAUUUCAACCCUACAAAUCUUCUAGGUGUUGGAAGCUUUGGGUCGGUAUUCAAAGGAGUAAUACGAGGGGUUGAUGUUGCGGUAAAAGUCAUCGAUCUGAAAGCAAACGGAUACUACAAAGGCUUCGUGGCAGAGUGUGACGCUUUGAGGAAUGUAAGGCACAGGAAUCUUGUGAAACUAAUAACUUCUUGCUCAAGCAUAGACAUCAAGAACACCGAGUUUCUAGCUUUGGUGUACGAGUUUUUGAGCAAUGGAAGCUUAGAAGAAUGGAUAAAAGGUCAGAAGAUAAACUCUGAUGGGAGUGUUGGGUUAAGUCUUGAAGAAAGAGUGAAUGUAGCUAUUGACAUUGCAUCUGCAUUGGAUUAUUUGCACAAUGAUUGUGAAGUUCCUGUGGUUCAUUGUGAUCUAAAACCAAGCAAUUCUUCUAAACGAAGAAAUGGUUGCAAAGGUUGGAGAUUUUGGGCUGGCUCGUGUGUUGUUUGA